AUGUGCAACACAAAAUCUGAUGUAUUUCUAUUUAUCUCUGGUGUACCCCAAGGUGGACAUCUAUCACCACUUUUAUUCUCGUUCUUUGUUAACAGUGCUCGUACCUCCCUCAAGCAUAGCCAACUUCUCUGUUUUGCUGAUGACUUGAAUAUUUUGCUUAGGAUUUACUCAGUCGAUGAUUGUCUCAAACUCCAGGACGAUCUUAAUAGUUUCUUUUCCUGGGCUGAAGAUCUCGGUCUUACAUUACAUGUUAAUAAAUGCCGGUCAAUAGUAUUCACCAUUGAUUCUACCAUUUGCGAUCUUGGAUUUAGUUUUACUUUCUCUCAUUGUCCUCGUGCCCACAUCGAUAAAAUUACUUGCAAAGCUUUAAAGGGAUAA